AUGUUCAAUUUUAAAUUGCUUCUUUUGUUGUUGGCCGUUUCGAGGUUUCACCCUGGACUAGCUGUUAAGGAUGUUAAAACCGAAGAAGAAACAGUAGCAGAAUCUGAAACUGAAACUGAACGCAACUCAACAUGCGCCUCAAGGAAUUGCAAUAUUUACUACAGGAACUACCAAUGGGCUCUUCAAGAUUGUGUCUGCCGUUGUUUCCAAAACGAAUGUCUCAUGAAAAUCGAGAACGAGCAGCGCCGAAGAGAUUGCAAAACCCCCCUUGUGCCUGUUUCGGAGGAUCUCUGCCGCUCGUUCAUCAGCAAAAAGUGUAGCGUGGGCUUCCCCGUGGUUGCUGAGUUCCCCAUUCCAGCUCCUUGUGGAUGCAACCGAAAGCCAGGAUCCAUUGCCACCGAGCGAUUUUACAGCCUGUGCCACCUGCUGAAAUUCUCAUCCGAGAACUCAAAGCCAUUCCUCGCUUAUUCUUAUUGUUGGCCGUUCUAA